UUUCUCGGAAGAAGAAAAGUUCUUUUUCAUUUUCGUCUGCUUCUGUGAUUGUUGUUUGUGAUAUUUCCCCUCUCGCUCUGUGAGAUAACGAACAGCUGUGAUCGUAAAAUAUUAUACAGAAUGGCUGAAGGCGAAACGGAGAAUAUUGGAGAAGAAGUAUGUUCAUUUGAUUUCUAUUCUUCUUGCCAAAAUGGUGGUAGAAAUAAACAUGUUAACAAUUCCACGUGUAGUAGUGAACGGGGAGAUGUUUGUUCUUUCUUUUUGAAGGGCAACUGUAAAUUUGGCGAUGAAUGCUGGUUCCUACAUCCAGCCGCAAACGAGGAAAUGAACUUAAUUUAUAAAUCGUUGAGUGAUAUACAUAUUACUGAACUAAACCACCAACAAAUAGAGAAUUGUAAUCCGCUAACGACCAAUCGUGACGGUCCAAUUAGAAAUGAAUUAGAAAGUUUUUAUUCCAUACGAAAUACUGAGCCGAUUUCCUGUGUUCCAGGUACGCCUAAUUGGGUGAAUGCGCCUGAAUUCGUGCCCAAGAAAAAUAUAUCUUAUUCUGAUGCUUUAAAAUCAAAUAAUGGCGUAUUUGAAUUAGAACCACAAAAAUAUGAUAUGGAAUAUUGUGAACAUUACUAUGAAGGUGUUUGUCCAAAUUAUGACUGCCCCUGCAUUCACGGAAAUUUUUGCGAAAUUUGUGGGACAUGGUGUUUGGACCCGUCGAAUGAGAGGCAGCGGAAUCGUCAUAUUCAAGAAUGUGAAAAAGAAUUCGAACAAAACAUGGAAUUUUCUUUUGCUUUGCAACGUAGCGUGGACAAAACAUGUGGUAUAUGCAUGGAAGUUAUAAUGGAAAAAAAGCCGAUUUCUGAACAAUAUUUCGGGAUCCUUGAAAACUGCAAUCACGUUUAUUGUUUAUCCUGCAUCAGAAAGUGGCGAAGUGUCGAGACCUACGAAAUCGCCGAGGAAGUGGAACGGGAAGUAGACCCUGUUGUUACUCGUUCUUGUCCAGAAUGUAGAGUGUCAUCUCAUUUUAUCACACCUAGUCAAUAUUAUGUCGAUUCAGAAUCCGAUAAGAAAAAACUAAUUUCAGAGUAUAAACUGGCCUUAAGUAAAAGACCUUGUAGGUAUUUCAAACAAGGUGAAGGGAAGUGCCCAUUUGGUGGUGCGUGUUUCUAUCUCCAUGCAAAACCUGAUGGUACAAAAGUAGUUUUACCAUUACCUACUUCUAAAAGACGCCGACAAAACCAAGAUGGUGAAUUGGAUUAUGAUUACGAGGAUGGUUUUCAAUUGUGGGAUUUUUUAGAAGUGCGUGAAAGCAUUGGUUAAACUUAUUAACUUGUAGGCCUUAGGUAAAAAAAAAAGUGCAAGUAACUAUUUCUAUUUAUCCUUGUAAAAGUAAUUUAUCAUAUUCUGCUAAAAGUUUUUGUUCGGACAUACUGAUUCCUGCCUGUUGUUGUAAGUGAGAUUGCCUUAUUUCAAUUAGUUUUUACUAGAAAAUAGUUUGCCAAACUUAAGUCUUGAUUUUACUGAGCAAUUAUUAAACAAAUUUUUACAAAAAUCUGUGUUUAUUAUGAAAUUUACAUUAUAACUGAUAAAAUUAUUUUAAAUUUUAUACUGUAACUUUUUUUUUAAAAAGAAAAUUGGCCUAUGUAAUAAAAUAACUUAGCAACCAUAUUCAGUCUAUUACCUUGUUUCAUUUUUAUAUCCAGUAACUGCAAGGUCUGCAUUUCGCCUUAUUUGAUUUUUUCGGUAACGUAGCAUUCAUUUAUUUUGAAUUUAUUUUCAUGGCAUACUUUGAUAAAUAAAAUAACUGCAUAGUUUUGUAGGCAAUUCUAUCACUAUUUUGAGCAAUAAAAGUUAUUAAUUAUAUAAAAUUUAUAAUCAGUAAACAUAAUCAAAAUUAUGAUGUUUAUCAAUGUAAAAGAAUUAAAAUAUUUUUGAAAAACUAAGCUGAAAUUCGAAAUUUUGGAGAAGUCUCGUAAUAAUUGAAGGUUAUGCAAUUUGCUUUAUUUCUAACUAUGGAGGCAUUCAAAUUGACUCAUACGAUUUCUUUAAGAUUAUCUGGAAACUGUCUAGGUAUUUUUAAGAAAUUUUGUGAAAAUUUAGACAUAAUUUGUGAAAAUUAAAAAUUAUCAACACAAAAAUAUAGUAAAUUAAGAAAAUAUAUUAAAAAAUUGCCACAACAAAUAAUAAUUUAGGACUGGUAAAUUUCUAUACAUUGUUCCCAUAUGUUAAAAAACAAUUUUGCUAUUGUAAAAUUUUGGUCUUAAAAUUGUAUAAAAAUUUAAAAAUCAUUGUCCAAAGUUAAAUUUGAACUUGAAUUUUGUAAAAACAUGCAUUUAACAGUACUAGCACUAAAAGUUAUCUUCAUUAUGAGAACAUUUUAGACUGGGUCAUGCAGAAAAAAGUUUCACAGAGAAAAAAAUAAAGGUCUAUUAGAAUAAAUGUAGAAUAAUGUUUAAAAUAAUAGUUCUAAUUUCGACUUUCUGUAAACUUUACAUAGGGACUGCCUCCUCAUUUUAUUUUAAAAAGCUCUGCGAAAAAAAAGCUCGCUCUAAUAUGGCAUGAGCGACCGGUUUACGUUUAUCACACUGCACCAAACACGUGUUACGUAAUCGAAGAAGAGCUCUUUUUCCUCGGAAAAGCUUUUUUUUCAUAGCAACGAGGUUUGCAUGGUACUAGUACUUUUUCCUCCACUUCAAUUAAGGAAUGGAGUGGCUGACGCUUUUUUUCUCCCACGGCGUUUCGGGAUCCCGGCUUGCUUUCAGUUAGGCAUGUGGAAAAAAAGCGCUCUUACUAACCACGUGGAAAGCGCAUUCUUCUACAUCAUAAUAGCAAUCCACAGGAGUUAUUCACUGGGUUUAUCGUUUUUACGGGAAUACAACAACAAAAUUUUAAUAGGUGGGGGGAGGAGAAUCCUAGAGCUAGCUUUUUAAAAGUAUUGUGUGAAACUACCGUUUUUCCUAAGUUGAAUUUGUGAAGGUACAGCUAAACAGUGUUAAAUUUGACCUGGACGUACCCCUGUAUAGAUAAUCAUAUUCUUGGGAUUUUUUUUUUAAAUUCAUAAAGUUUUACUUUUUUUUUAAAAAAAUUGAAUAAAUUCUUAAAGUUUAUGAAAGACAAUAAAAAAUGAUAAAGAUAUCGAAGAAAAAUAUUCUUGUGUUCAUUUGUUAGGAAUUAUUUAUAAUCUAAUCUCAUUUAUACAAAAUGGAAAUCGGAUCAAUAGUUCCUGAGAUCACAGUUGUUUUAUAUGGAUUUUUAGAAAAACUGCUUGUUUGCUAUCAGUAAAAACAGCUCUGUAUUGGUUUCUGUCCCUCUUCGAUUCUAUCAAAUUUCGAAGAAAUAAUAAUAAAAAUUAACACGUUAUUUUAUUUACCGAUAGAAAGUGCAUCCCCGGUGAUCUCAUGGGACAUAAAUUUUUUGUUAAAAAAAUUAGAUAAGAAAAGCCAAGAGAAUAGUGGUCAUAAUUAGCACGUUCACAAUGAAGCUAUCUGCUUUGUCUUUACAUUUUUCAAAAUGAAAAGUAGUUGAUUAAAAACCUCGUUAACUAAAAACUAUUACAGUUUUAGGGGUUUCUAUUGUCAAAAAUACGUGGUUUUUAUCCCACCGCCCUUGAAGGAGUUAAAAGAUAAUUGAGGUCGGAAAGAACAAUUGCCCGGUAUAUCCUACACUGGUGUUUAAGAUAAAGUGUUACUGCCGGGUACACAUUUGCCCGGUGUAUCAACACUUAGCGACAAGCUUCAACACAUUUCGGAGCUGAUGACAUUUCGUCGCCAACGCCGAACAUUUUUAUGUUGACGACUUUUUGUUUUUUUUAUGUUGACUUUUUAUUACUUUUUUAUGGUUAACGUAUACUAUAAUUUUGCCGAAUAUCGUAUUUAGUAUCUCUAAUGAAUAUCUCCUUUUUUGGUUUCUGUAUUACUUUUUAUCAUACAUACUUACGGAUGCCUUUUUAAAUGGAGUUUGGAUCAAUGAAAUCAGAUCCAGCUCUUGUGGCUUUGAUUUUUACAUACAAUACCCUAAUUACAAAAAGCAACUCUUGAAUUAAAAAAAAAUUAUUUUUCAUGAAUUAUUUUACAGCAAUACUUUAUAUAUUGUUUAAAAUUUAGACACAUUUUUAUAUAAGAGUACAAUUUUUUACUUGUGAAAAUAAAAAAAAUAAAAUAAGAAAACUAAUUGAAUACAAAUAACAAGAAAGCGUGGCUGAAUUAUCUUUAGCACGUUUAAUAAAAUUCUUUGUUGGACGUUUUUCGAAUAAUAAAUUUUUAUUUUAUUUUUUUAUUUCUACUUAUUCCCAUCAUAUCCUUGAGACCAAAAUGUUUUAUACUUUAUUUUCAAUGUCACUGCCGUAGUGGUUAAUAUGUUAUCUGUUAGUGUUUAUUUCUCCCGAUAAGGAAUUUAUUACACAACAUUGCAUUCAUUCACUGAAAUUUGACGAGUCAUUGCUUAAAAGCUAAAGUCUAUUUUUUUUUAUAAACUAUUUCUUACAUUAAUUAUCACUAUACAUUUAAUGGAUUCGAUCUAAUGACGUGUGUUUAAAAUAUUAUUUGAAGUUUUAGUAUCAUAUUAAUAAUACCGAUUCAAAAAACACGAUGAAUUAAAAAAAAUAAAGCGAAUAUGUAUAUGUAUAUUAUUGGACAGUGUUUUCUAGCAAAAUAGAAAAAAAAACUUUUUCCUAAAACACGUUUAAUAAUUGUCACUAAAAAAUGAACGAAUAAUUAUGAAAAUUUAAUAAUGUGUAAAUUAGAAAAAAAAAACAUGAUAAAAAUUUUUCUUUUUUGUUUAAAUGAAAUCACAAAUUUUUAUUCAUUAAAUGAAUAUUUUUAAGCUAAUCUUGAUUAUCGAUUUAUAUCCAGAAGAGCUGAUGAAAAAAAUCCAAUUUGAAAGAGUAAUAAAAAAAAUUUUAAAGACUUGAAUAAAAUAGUUAACUAGUUUUUUCCCCCCAUUUUUGCUAAUUCAACAUUUUAAAUUAAUACUGUUGAAAAAAACUGCAAAAAAUUGUUAUAGUUUUAAAUAGAUCUGAUCAUUACUACAAAAAUGCUUAUUCAUGAAAAGAUAUUUUAUAAAAAAUGAAAAAACAUGUAAAUGCACUUUUAAUCAAAAAUAAGUUUUAUCGUGAGGUAAUAAAAAACAAAAAAAAUAUUUUACUUUACUGCUCAAGUUUUUUGUAGACACGUAAUUAAUAAUUUUUUAAUUUAAUUAAAAAUUAAAUUAAAUACUCUAUUGUGAAAUAAAAGAAAAUUUAAUUAUUGUGCCUCGAUUACUUUCAUUUGCACUACAUGAAACAUAGAAGACAAAUUUUUUUAAAGUUUCAUAAUAAAUUAUGAGUUUGCAGAUAACUGUUAACUUAAUUAUUUUACUAUCUGAUAGUCAUGAAACUUUAAGAAAAUCCCUUGUGCCAGCUUCGAAAGCUGUAAUAAUAUUUUAUAGUAAAUAUAAGUUUUUAUUUAACUCAAAAUUGUAAUGUAACUUAAUUAAAUUGUUUUACCUGAUGUAUAUAGCUGCUAAUCGAUUUACAUUGUUCUAAAUUAAUUGUGACUGAAAUUUGUAUGUAUAACGUAUAGGUAGAUGGAUCAAUGGUAAAUCUGCUCGGCAAUAGAUAAAUCAUAAUAAACAACAAAAAUUCAAAUUUGAGAUUUUUACACAUUUUGCAUAAAUAUGUGUAAAAAUCUCAAAUUUGAAUUUUUGAAUAAAAAUUUUCUAUUUCAAAAAUACAUUUUGUUUUAUCUGUUUCCUGCAUUAAACUGUAAUAACGAUAAGAUGUAAUCGGCUAUUUUGAUGAAGCUAAAAUAAAUGUAAAAUCUGCUAA